GACUCGCUCACUCCAUAACAGAAAAGUGUGAGAAACAGAAACGACAGAUAAUUUCAUUUGCAUUUGCAUUUGCAACGCAUCUGAAUUUUGCAGCAUCGACAAUGGAAUGCAUAGCAAAUUUGAUAGACAAGGGGAGCGUUGAGAGCAGCCGGUACUUCCUGAGUCGUGGAACGGUGUUGGAGAUGCUGGCAGACAGAGGCUACGACGUCGUUCAGCACGCCAACCUCGUCUCCUCGCUCAGCGACUUCCGUUCCCGCUUCGGCCAACAACCAAACCACGAAGCCCUCGGUUUCUGCGUUUCGCAUCUCUCCAAUCCUUCCAACACUGUUCAGGUUGCGUUUGCCGGAACCGAUACUAUAAAAAUGACAACCGUCAUGGAAAUAUGCAGCCGGAUUGUCGACGGUGGAAGCUUGAAAUCGCUCAUAAUCAUUCUGCAGAGCAAAAUCACUUCCUACGCACACAAAAAAUUGAUGAACUUGCCCUUCAAAGUUGAGAUUAUCAGGAUUGAAGAUUUGCUGAUUAACAUUACAAAGCAUGUCUUACGACCAAAGUAUGAGAUACUCACUGAUGAGGAGAAGAAAGCACUGCUCACCAAGCAUAGCUUGGAAGAGAAGCAGCUCCCUUGCAUGUUAAGAAGUGAUGUUAUAGCUCGUUAUUAUGGGCUGGAGAAAGGACAAGUUGUCAAAAUCACUCAUAGUGGUCCAAUGGUUGAUUCUCACGCGACUUACCGUUGUGUUGCAUAGUACAUCUGUUGCAUAUGAUGUUUAAGGGUGCCCACUACCCACCUUUAUUCUUUCAGUCUUCCAAGGCGUUAAAGAAACCUUUUGAGAGCGAGGUUCUCUCCAUCUUUUUUCGAAUCAGGGGUAUUCUGCAUAACCUAUCUUGCUGGUCUUAUUCCAUUGUCGUUCACACUUGCGAUCGUUGUGGGAUUCUCCAUCGAUCGUAAAGAGUUUUCAUGCCGGCACUAUCACCAUCCAUCCAUGGGUUACCGAACGCAACGCUAGUCACCAUUGAAAACCCUUGUAGUUGUUGGCUACUCCGUGGUUUUGUAUCUCUACAACUGCAUUUUCGAUUGUGUGUCAUCACAAUUUCACUUGUCAAUUUCUAUCAUGGACAAAUAUGAUGUUUCGAAGCCCAUUACAAACUGUCUUGAAUGGAUCCAACUACAACCUUUGGGUUCAAGAAAUGAAAAGUUUCCUUAUAAGACGCAAACUAUGGCGUAUUAUCACCGAAGAUAUCACUCAACCAAUCACAACUCAAGAUGAAAUUGAAGCCAAAUUUGCAAAUUAUCUUGAGGAUUAGGAUAAUAAAAACAAUCAAAUCAUCACUUGGUUCUGUAAUACUUCUG